AUGUCAUUCAGGCACACAAAAACACAUCCACAAAAUCCAAAUAUACUAAUGUUUGCUUGGGCCCAUCUUGCACUGAUGUGCUUAUGCGGGUGGCGGUGGCUUACGAGUGCAGAUUGCGCGGUGCUUGAAGAUCUCGUACCUCGUACGGUAUCGUUGUCUUGUCGCGAACACUUUUCUCCGGAACGCUUGAAAAUUGCGCGGCAUAUAAUUACUUGCAAUCAAGACUCUGGAAACACCAAUUAUAAGACAGCCUGUUUGGAUAACUUCGACAGUUCAAUGACGUACACGGAUGGUACGGUGUCUGCUUCGAAUAAGGAGGAAGUAUCGCGCGUUUUCACGAAUAUGUUUGCGUUCAACUUCACCAAGCAACACUUACAAGUAUUCGAAGAAGAGUGUACCGAACAUACUUACUUCCCCUCGUACUCCUUCAACAUGUCCCUUUCUUAUGACUAUAUUACCGAUAUUACUGGAAUGAGCAAGAUUGUUUUCAAUGCGGGAAAUAACAGAGCAUUCUAUCAAAGGGAUUACGUGGACAAUCUGAAAAUAUACGCCAACGAGAAUCUCCCGAUAAUCGGCCGCUUAUUGAAACGCAUCACUACGGAAUAUUCGGAAUGCUUGAUUUCAGAGGAAGGAUGCGCAGGACUAUCUAGAGGAGGUGACUUUCGAUUGAGAAGCACGAGCAGAACACAGAGAGAUUAA